AAUCUUGGCGCUACUCUAUCUUCACCGCGACAAUCAAGUUGACCAACCUAUGUCAGAACAACUUCUUGAAGCACUUCAUCUUCAACUUCUGCCCCAUCAAUAACACAUCUCCACAUUGGUGAUCCUUUGAUGUGAGAGAUGUCAAAGGACGAACCAGGACUCGAUGGGACGCCAUCAUUGCUAACAAGAUUGCUAUCAGCAGAAUAUGCAAAUUGGAGAUGAACUUGUCAUGAAGAACUUAAUGUCCGACAUCAAUAACACGGCCUUGAUGUGGUCAACGUGGAAUGACAACGCUGAUACGAAAUGCUAAUGCGGAAUGCUAGCACGGCUAAUGGUCGUAGCUACAACUGUCAAGAUCACCAGCUUUUUGGCAGAACAACACACAUCUGUGGUUUCAGCACAUGGAAGCCCAGUUCUAACUUAGAGGAAUAACUCCGGCUGUGGCAAAUUAUUUCCACGUAGUGGCCAGACGAUAGCAAUGGCGUUUGGACGAUCCUUCGGGCUACUGAGAGAGAGAGAGAGAGGUGAGGCUGGGGGAGGGGCGAGAGAGAGCUCCAGACCAGCCCCUCCAGCCUGCUGCAUGUUUCAACUGAGGUCCUACUUUCCAUCAUAGAGCCUUGUCAGUUUGAUUUUAGUCACUGGCUGCUCAAGUCUGGAUUCUACUCUCGGGAAGGCUGCUAAAGUUCCAGAUAGAGGCAAAAGUGGCAAAGGCACACAGAGCUCAAGAUCCCCCUCUUCUGGUGACACUUGGAUCUCGUUUAUCUUUUAAUUUAUGUUUCCACGCUUCAAAUAAAAUGACUUUAUAGCCAUUAAAGUACCGUCGAGCAUGGAGGCUUCAAGUUCUGCUCACGUUUGGACUACGUCCACAAUGCACCCCUCCUCGACACCGCUAUCCUCUUAUGGCUAUCUUCAGUUCUUCUGGCGGUACCAAGACAAUGCAGUCAUCGUGGAGCAUUACAACUACACCGGCAAGCUGCAGCGGGACCGCUACCGUGACGGCCUCCGACCCGAAGGCAUCGCCUUCCUGGUAGUGUGUCUGCUCAUCGUCCUGGAGAACGCCGUGGUUCUCCUUGCUAUCUGGAAGAACAAGAAGUUCCACUUGCCCAUGUAUUAUCUCCUAGGAAACCUGACUCUCUCUGAUCUCCUAGCAGGGAUUACAUACAUGGCAAACAUUGUCAUGUCCGGGCCAAAGACUUUGCAGCUGACGCCGGUGCUGUGGUUCCUCCGAGAGGGAGGAGUUUUCAUCACUCUGGCUGCCUCUAUCAUCAGUCUCCUGGCUAUUGCCAUCGAACGGCAUGUGACCAUGGUGACCAUGAGGCCAUACCACAGUGCAAAGCGGGGACGGAUGUUGGCGUUGAUCUGUGCAAGUUGGGCUCUCGCUGGCUUUUUGGGCGUCCUCCCAAUCCUGGGAUGGAACUGCAUCCACAGGCUUGACCAGUGCUCCACCGUGCUUCCACUCUACGCCAAGAGCUACAUCCUGUGCUGCGUGUCUGUGUUCAGCGCCGUUCUCCUCGCCAUUGUGGUCCUUUACGCCCGGGUUUUCCGCAUCGUCCGCAUAAAUACGCAACGCCAGCGGCUGGGCUUGUCCAGCAGCAUGAGAAAAGGCUUAGCCAGGAAAUCCCAGAAGUACAUCGCUCUCCUCAAGACGGUCACCAUCGUUCUGGGUGUCUUCAUCGCCUGUUGGCUCCCCCUCUUCCUCCUCCUCCUCAUGGAUUUCUUCUGCCCAACGCACAGUUGCCACCUCCUCUUCAAGGCAGACUACUUCCUGGGGGUGGCCAUGGUCAACUCGCUCCUCAACCCCAUCAUCUACACCCUGACCAGCAAGGACAUGCGUAGAGCCAUUCUGAGAUUGCUCUGCCGGCCGUGUCUCAUGACCAGAGAUGGCCAGGUGAAGAAGAUCGGCAUGCCAUUCCUGGAGUGUAGCUUCAGUAAGACAGAGGUGCCCUCGCAGAAGUUGGAGGCAGGGGUAGAGACGACAAUCUCUUCUGGGAAUGGCGCCACAACCCAAUCUCCCAUCAAGGCCCUUUAUCCUAAACUCUUUAAGCCCUAAGGACUGUCGGCUUGGGUCGCACUUAACUGAGAAUAUGUAGCACGCCUCUUGUAGGACAACUGGGAUCUACUCACUGUUGAUGCUUUUUUUACUGGCAAAAACAAUCCCCUAGUCGCUAAACCAAGAAGGAAAUGCAGACAUUAGCUUACCCCGUUGCUGAGUCUUAGCUCUGGAUGUUUCAGCAUUGUACUCCACCAUCCUCUCAGUACCUUCAGAGGUACACUCAGGAAACCUCUGUUACUCGCAAUUGUUGUUAGCGUGGCUCCUUCUAACUGAUGCGUUCAAGGUGGCAUGGGUUUUUGAACAAGAACAGCCACAUUGGGUCAAGAAGCAUCCCACACACAAAGCUAGUUAGUUUUAGUACAAAGGUUUCUUUAUGCAGUGACUGUAAAUAUUCUUAUUACAUUAGGUAUUCUAAGGGCAUUGAAUCCAUCGCAAAUAGACUGUUCAAAUUGUCUUACAAGACUACCUUAUCGUCCAGUUGUGAUUAUUUCAUUGCCCCGAGGAUAAUUGGUAACAACCCUGGACAAAAAGGCUACUUAUUAAAAGUCAACCAGCCAACUCUUGUCAACUGAUUUGCACUGAAAUGCACUCCUGUGGUUCUGUGGUUUAUACCCAAGCCUGGAUUGAUUAAAAAUUAAUGAGCGGCAAGUGUAGACACCACAUUCAGACUCACGCAAUUUGUGUGGUUUCAUCUUUAACAAAAUUAAAAUGCACACACUUGUUAAUCUAUAAACACAUGAAUUUCGCUGGAUCGAAGGCCCAUAUAGUGUACUUAACGGCGAUGCAGAAAGGGAGAUAGUCAACAGGAAAGAGCUGUGGUACAUACUGUGGCACAGCAACCUUCAGUGGGGGGUAGACGCAAAACCAAAGUUUUGAAAGUUUUGACAGUUAUCGUGUGCCAAGUGGAAAAUGCAUGAGUGUUGAACACCAGUCUGGCUGCAAAGCACAGCAGCAGAAGCACAAUGUUGUCAAUGGAUUCCAUUCCUAUUAUCUCAUGUUUGGUGUCACACUCUUGUACAAAUGUUUGUUGCCUUUUUUUGUACUUUAAUUAAUUUUGUAAAUGUGUCAUAACACCUGUAUAGUAAAUUAUAUACAUUUUGUAACAAUGUCUGUGAUCUUA